ACGCUUUAAAGCACGUUCCGGGUGAUCAGUUUCGGAAAGUUUUCGAAUUUUCCUCAUAAUUUUGAUUUACAAGAAAUUAAGUAUAUUUGAAAAUGCUUCUGUAAACAAUCUCCAUAUAUUUUCAAGUGUGAAAUGGAUUAGCAUAUUGAUUUAAAGUAUGGAAUUUCCAUUUGAGAUAGGAAGGAUUUUUCCUGGUAAAAUAACUGUUAUUGACAUUAAAGAUUCUUCUUCUGUAAAAAUAUAUGAUCUAGAAUCGGAAUAUGAUGAUAAUCCAGCAAAUAAUAGCAACUGGAUUUAUUAUAUAUCGGGAAAUGCUUCUUUGGAUAUGCAGGUUAAAUGGAAAAUAGAACAGUUAGAAAUUAUCAUUGACUCAUUGGGACAAGCUUCUGCAAAAGCUCAAGGUUUAAAUUCUCCUGUCACAACUUUUAAAAAAUUUUUGAACUCUCAUCAUCAGAAAAUUUAUACCAUCAGAGAUUUAGCUGAGCCAAGAUCUGUUAUUGGUAUGCUGAAGGUAGGAAUUAAAAGACUUUUCAUAUGUGAUGAACUUGGAGCUCAAAAUGAAGUGGAUCCUAUCUGUGUACUUGAUUUUUAUAUUCAUGAAUCGAAACAGCGGUCUGGAUUUGGUCAUACCUUGUUUAAUGCUAUGUUGCAAGCUGAAAAGAUUUCACCAGAAAAAUUAGCUAUUGAUCGUCCAACUUUUAAAAGUCUUGCAUUUUUCCAAAAGCAUUAUGAAUUAAGUUCACCUCUUGUGCAACCUAAUCAUUAUGUGAUAUUUCCUGGUUUUUUCAAUGGUCAAACAGUUACAAGGCCUCCGAUUUUCCUUUACAAGAGAAAGAUUAUCGAGAAAUCUAAAUGCUACUCUUCCAAGCAGAACUCAUCUGGCAGUAAUUUUAAAAAUGAAUUUGAGGCUCUGCAAUCUGUUCAAGUUCCUCUUUCAUCAAAAGAACUUCAAAAAAAUAAGACAUUCAGUUCCUCUUUUAGCAGGAAUGACGAUGCUGGGAAUGGACAAAUUUUUAAAAAUCAAGUUCAGAAACCUAGUAACUCUUCAUGUGAUAAAUUUAGUUCAGGGAAAAUCAAAGAUAGUAAAAAGUGGGGAGUUCGUGAAGCUUUACAUAGUUAUACAGUUGAUAGUAACAACUUUAAUGAAUGGAAUGCAAGUUGCUCAUCUCCUUGCUCUUUGACACCAGUUGAAGAUAAUAUGUCAAAAGGUGUGCAGAGAAAGUGGAAUAGCCUGCAGUCUUCGUGGAAUUUAUUUGGAGUUAAACCCAUUGAUUAUACUUUGUAUCAAAAGCAGUCCUGAAUUGUAACAGUUUUGUGAUAUUUUAUUGCUUAGAAUGUUUAUUAAAUGGCAUUUAUUACUUAUUUAAUUCUAAAAAUUAGUUAGUUUUUGUACAUUUACUUAAGAUAAUUUAUACAUUUAUAUAAAAAUGUAUUAGGUUUAUAACAUGUGACUGUAUAUAUUUAAAAAUUUUUAUUAAUUUUUUCAUUUAUAUUUUGUAGUAGGAUAUGUGCAAAUCAUUCUUAUAAACAUUUACAUGCUGAACCUGGUGAAUCUGGUUUAACUCAAUGUGGAUAAUAAUUUAAUGUAAAUAAGCAUAGGAAAUGCAAAUUAAAAUGAAAUUUUUAUGAUAUUUAGUAUAAUUAUACAUUUUUAUUAGAAUGUAAGUAAUAUAAUAAUUCAACACUUUAUGCUUUCUAGUGUCCUAGAUUAGAGGAAUUUUUGUUGUUAUUAUCUUAUAGUCCUUUAUUUAAAAUUAUAUUUAAAUAAUUUUUCUUAUAUAUUUAAUUUAUAUAUUUAUUGCAUAAAACAAGUUUUAUACUUUACUACUGCUUUAUUUAUUUUAAUCAAUUUGUUAUUGUGUCUUUAGACAAAAUAUGUUGUAAGUAAACAAAUCACAUUGAACUGUUCUGAGUUUGAUCCUAUGAAAGUUUUUUCAUUUGUUUACUGCACUUUGAAUCUCUCUCUCUUUUUUUAAGAACUUCAUGACAAUCUCUGAAUGGGUUGUUUAAUCAGUGUGAGUGUAAGUUUGGCAUUUAAUAAGUGUGAAUGUGACAAUAAUAAUGACAAUUUUUGUUUAUACAUGUGUAUAUAAAAUAAUUUAGAAUAUUGAAGUUGUGUUGAUAGCAGUUGUUAAUGAUGAACACUGUAAUAUUUCUUUAUUUUCACUGACAAAUGUUUUUAAUGCAUAACUGAUAAAGUGGCGGAAAAAAUACAUCUGUUCUUGAAUAAAUUUUGCAUUUUUAAGAUGCUGCAGUAAGAAAAGUAGUGAUAGCAACCUAGGUAGUUAGAAAAAGCAAAGAGCAAGUGCAACGUGUUUAAGAUGAAAUUUCUUAUCCAAGUAAUUUAGUUUUAGUGUGCAUUUUACUAGAGGCAAAGCCUGAUUAUCCUGCAUUCAACUAACUGGAAAGCUCAAGUAACUGAAAUAUUUUAGAAAUAAUAUUUUUACCCAAAAGUUUAAAUGAGAGCUAUGUAAUGCCACUUAGAAUGCUUAUAAUACUAUUAAUACACAUACAUUGGCACUAAACGGUGCGAUUUAGCGCCAUUAAUGGAUAAGCAUGAUGUCACUACACAGUCAUAUGAAAUUCAUUUUGGUUUGGAAGUGAAGGGGAGUAUUUUUAAAGUUACAUGAUCCAGACAUAAAAAAAACCUAGGGUAUGACUAAACGGAUGAACAGUGCCGAUAUAACUUGAAAACUAUGAUAGUGACUUGCCAGUCAGAUGGUAUAUUCAUAGUGGUUAGGGGAGCCUACUUGCAAUACCGAAGGGCCCGGGUUCGAAUCCUGGAGAUGGCAUGGCUGUAAUUGUUCGUCCUUUCAUGAGAGGUAACCAUAAUGAACUGGCCACCAUUUCCAGCCUUAGUAGUGGCCAAGCCUGAGUCCCCUAAGUGUGCGCCAGUGGAAAAAAAUUAUAAGACUUAAGUUUUAAUUUGUAUUGCUUCAUCUAACUCUAUAAAUUAAGAAUAGUGUAUUUAAACUGAUACAAUGAUUGGUGACAUCUCUGCCAACUUUCGUGUUCGGCGGGAUUUCAUAAUCAGACCAUACGUUGGCUUUUAUAUGACUGAAAUAUAUAUAUCUAUAUAUAUUUUGUCUUCAGCAAUCUCAAUUUUAAACGCAGGCUUUGAUAUUUAAGUUGCUAAUUAAUAAAAUGAUUAUAUUUAUAAUUUAAGAACAGAAAUUAUUAUGAUUGCUUUGGCUUUUCCAAACUGAGUUACGUUUUUUAUAUACAGUCAACUACGCAGAAUUUUCACGUAUCUGGAAUUCAUUUCCCUAGCUUUCCUGAUAAUCGAGCUUUUAUUGCACUAUUUAUUAUAUUCUGCAUUAUGGGGUUAUUCCAUUACUAUUGCUUUGGUUACUGUUUUCUCAUGAAAUAAUAUGUGACUUUCUGAUUAGACUACAUUUUGAAAAAUAUGAAGUAUAAAUUUAUUGAUUUGUGUUAUGCUUACCUUUUACAUAAAAAUUCUACAGUAUUAUUAAUUAAUAAAAAUUGCAGUGUGAAAGUGUUAUUUUAUAAAUUUAUUUAAUGCCUCAAACAGCUCUAAACAAUAUUAACCAUUAAAAGAAAUUAAUCAAAAUUAUUGUUUAAAAAAUUGAUUUUAAAGUUUUUCACAUUUAAAUUCCAGUUAAGUGCUUAAAAUAGUUUUAAAAGCUAGACAGUUAUUAUAAGAGUCUGAAAUGUCUAAAAUUUCAAAACUCUGUACGUGAAAGUCAUAUAUUUAAAAUAAGUUGUUCAAAAUAGAGAUACCACAUGGAGAUUUUUGCACUUGUUUAAUGAAUAAAGAUUUCAAGACUUAGUUGUGCAUUUUUUUCCGCUGGAUCUCUUAUGCAUGAGACUUGAAUAUUUCCCCUAACUGAAAUAGAAACAUUUUCUGAUUUCUAGGGCAUGAAAUUAGCAUAGUGAAAAUAACACUUGUUCCUAGUAAUAACCACCUAUUAGAGUAAUUAAUGAAAAAUAUUCUGAAAAUAAAUUAAUGGUUAAGUUAAGGAUUGGAAUAUUGUAAAACAUAUAAGGGCUAUUGCAUAAAUUAAAUUAAUGACAGGUAUACAUAAUAAAGUUGUAUUGUGGUGGCAGUAACUUUUGUUUUAUUUUCAUUUGUAUCUAAAUAAUGAUUUUUUGGCAGAAUAUCAGAAUUAUUGAGGGGGGGAAGAAAGUACGGAGUGUGGGAAUGGUUAAACUUAACUUUGUUUUUCCUUCUACAUUAAAAAAAGAAAGAAACUUUUAGAUGUUAAAUUGGAAUUUGAAUAUGAUUAAAGUUUUCUCCCUCCCCCUUAUUUUUAAUUUCUACAUUAUUGCAGAUAUUUUGCUAUGUGUUAUAUGAAACUUUUAAAUAAUAGCCUGUUUUUCCUAUUUUAUUUACUUGUAUUCAAGCUCCUCCCUUUUUUCCCCCCACCCUCAAAGUUUAGCUUUCUUUUGUGUGAGUGCAAUGCAUUUUCCAUUAAUCUAACAUAAUUUUUUCUUUUUUUUUUUUUUUAGUAACAUCUGAGAAAAAUCAACAAAUUUUAAUAUUAGAAAUAUAGACCCUUUUCUACCAAGGUGAAAAAUUCAUCAUAAUGAUGGAUUCUUGCAUUAAAUUAAUUCAUUUUAAUUCCUUCUUAUCUUUAAUAUUAAAAAAUAUUUUUACUGUUGUUGAAAGUAUAUAUUGUUGUUGAUGGUUCUAGAUAUAAAUGUAUCUAUGUAUAUAUCACAUUUUUUUAUUACAUAGUCUGUGAUAAAUUUAGCAUUUGAAGACUAUUGUUUUUUCUAUGUGUUGUAUGCUGUUAUUUUUUAAUCAGCAUGAAGUGGAUUUAUACUUACUGGUGGAAAAGUCUCAUUGAAGAACAUGUUCUUGUAAUUUAAAGAAAAUGACAUUUAUUAAGCAUAUUUAUGCAAAAUUUUAUGUAAUUUGUUUUUACUUUUUUUUUUUUUUAAUCUCUUGUGUGUUCUGUUAAAUGUUAUUUUAUGCUGAUGGUAUAAAUAUCCUGGUAUCUGCUUUACAAGAAUACACAUUCAUAGAAUUUGUGUUUCUGAGUUAUUAUGUUCUUCCAUUGUGAUAUAUGCAGGACUGAUUUUUUUUAUACAUUUAUUUGAGGUGCACAAUAUUGCAGAUGUGUGCUUUAUGAAUAAUUAUGGAGCUACCCUAUUUUUUUGAGGUACAACAUGUUUUACGUGACUUAUAUUACUAAUAAUAAUAUUGGAUGACUAAUAUGUAUAUUUAUUUACAUACUUUUAUAUCUGAAGAAUAAAAUUAGAUCAUUAAAAUAUUAUUUGCCUUUCAAAAUCUUUAAUUAGUAAAUUAUUUUCUUUUGUGUGUGUGUGGGUGUGUGUGAACAAAGUGAAAUUUACUGAAAUUUUUAUUUAUUUAUUUUUUUCUGUUACUUAUUAAUUGAUGUUUCAGUUGUUUGAACACCAUUAUAAAUAUAUCAAAAUAAUUUACUGGUGAUUAAAUGUAUUACUUGUGUUCUGGAAAAGUAUUUUGAUUUAUUUAAACUAAACUAUGAGUUGAAUUAAAGUGGAUAUGUGAUAAAUGCAUUUAUUACAUUUAUGUUUACUUCUGCAGUGGCAUGUAACAACAUAUCAAAUGAACAAUAAAGAUAACAUUUAUGAUAUAUCUUUAAAAACUUUUAUGUGGAGAAUUACAUUGAAUACCUUAUACAAUAUCUUCAGUUUCAGGAAAACAAAUAAAGAAGUGUUGGAAUAGAAA